CGCUCCUUAACCAGUCUUCAGGGUGCGUUGCUUCCUCGUGUUCUCUCUUCGGUGUUGUCCUGGUUUUCUUUCUCCUUUUUUUCUAGUUUCUUGUUCUCCCUAAUAUUCGUACGCACUCGUCUUAAAACGCGCGCGAUCCAGAUUUCUCUCGCGUAUCCUCAUCUUGACGACGAAAUUCCAUCACGAUGAGCACCAACAUCUUCGUCAGGAUUUGCGGGCCGAAGCUCCUGCGUACCGCGAAAAUGAUCGAUGAAAGGUCAUGGGUCACCGCCAGCAGGUGUUUUAGCAUCACCAUGUCGCGCACCGUGCUGAAAGAAUCGCCGAAUGCGGGAUUAGAUAAAACUCUAUUGAAAAAGUACCUCGAUUUGCCUCAGCCGGAAAAUGCGAUUCUGGCGAAGUACAUUUGGAUCGACGGUACUGGCGAAGCAUUACGUUGUAAAACCAGGACCUUGGAUUUUGCGCCGAAACAUCCUUCCGAACUGCCAACAUGGACCUACGAUGGUAGCUCAACGUAUCAAGCUGAAGGUGCCAAUAGUGACAUAUAUCUUUAUCCAGUGGCCAUUUAUAAAGAUCCUUUCCGUGGCGGUAAAAACAUACUCGUGCUCUGUGACACCUACAACAGUGACAAGACGCCAACGAAAUCGAACAAGCGAUGCAUUGCGAAUCAGGCGAUGGAAGCCAUCAAGGACCAGGAUCCUUGGUUUGGCAUCGAGCAGGAGUACACUUUGCUGGACUUUGACGGCAGGCCGUUUGGUUGGCCCAAGAACGGCUUCCCGGGUCCGCAGGGCCCUUAUUACUGCGGCGUCGGCGCCGAUAAGGUAUUCGGUCGCGAGCUUGUCGACGCUCAUUAUAAAGCCUGCCUCUAUGCCGGCGUGAAGAUUGCAGGGACCAACGCCGAGGUAAUGCCCUCGCAAUGGGAAUUUCAGGUGGGACCGUGCUCGGGCAUCAGCGCCGGGGACGAUCUGUGGGUUGCCCGAUUCAUUCUGCACCAAAUUGCCGAGGAGUACGGCGUGAUUGUUACGCUGGAUCCGAAACCGGUAGACGGUUCGUGGAACGGCGCCGGCGCCCACACCAACUUCUCGACGAAAGCAAUGCGCGGGGAAAAUGGUAUCGCUGAGAUCGAGAAAGCGAUCGACAAGCUCAGCAAGCAACACCUCAGACAUAUCCAGGCAUAUGAUCCGCGCGGAGGAAAAGACAACGAGCGCAGAUUAACCGGAAAAUGCGAGACCAGUAACAUUCACGACUUCAGCGCCGGUGUAGCCAAUCGGAAUGUCAGCAUUCGCAUUCCCCGCGGCGUCGCCGAGGAUAAGAAGGGCUACUUGGAGGACAGGAGGCCCAGCAGCAACUGCGAUCCCUAUUCUGUAUGCAACGCUCUGGUUCGCACCUGCGUGCUCAAUGAAUAAUAGAGCUUACGAGCGUGUGAGAGACCACAUCGGACUGACACGCACACAUCCGCAUACACACACCUGGAGCGUACAAUUAUUAUUCGUAGAACUUAGGAUCCUAUCCUAUCGUUAUCUUGUUUGGAACAAUGUUAAAUGUUAUCUGCCGGACAAAAAGUGAUGAAGCUCGAGCUCUUCAGAUCCAGCAUCUAAGUGUCGCUCGAAAUAUUUAUCAACUUUAGGUUCCGCGGAAACGAGGUCUUUGUCAUCGAUGAUCAGUCAAGAUUGUAUCAAACGUUGAUUAAUAUUAUGGAAUUAAUUUUUGGUUCUCUUUUGCUGUUUAUGUUAUAGAUUAUAGAUAGAAUAUUAUUAUCUAGAGAAUUGCAUUAAAUCAUAGUCAAUUUAUUCAAAUCGUCGAUGUGUCGAUUGUAUUCAGCAGGGAUAUGAAUGUUAGAUAGUCGUAAGACGAGCUUGUAAUUGUAAAUACGAAGCACACAAGUUGUUCUUAUCGCUAAAUUCUUUCCUCAUAGAAUUAUCUUUAACAGGCUUUUUCAUAAUUGUCGUUUUAGACGACACACAAGAUAAAAUGAAAUACAUUUAUAUUUGUCUAAAAAUAGAGAAUGAAUUUAUAAAAUCAACAAUCUUUCUUUCUCUCUCUUACACAUUAUUCAAAAAUAAUAAAAGUAAGUCAAUGAAUUUAUACGAAAGGAGCUCAUGAAACAAACUAUUUGCUAAGUUCACCUUCUCAUCAUUUGCGUUUGCGCGCGUGAAAUUAUUAGACCGUGCAAUAAAUUGUAUAAAUAAGAAGAAAAAUCGCAACGUUUUGAUAUAAUUAUUUUAUUUUUUAUAACAUAUUUUAUAUAAGGUUUAACCUUUUUAUAAUGUAAACAUAAAACGGUGGUGUUGUUAUUAUUAUAGCUUCUGUUUUUAGAUAGGAGUUUUGAUUGUACUUGUGUGUGCACUAGUACAGUCUAAAGAGUGUUGCACAUAAAUCCACAAAUAUAUAUAUGUAUAAAAACCAUAUACACACAUAGCAUAUAUACAUACAAUUGUUUAUAUAAAUAUAAUUGAACUAUAGCGAGAGGUGCUCAAAACAAUCAUAUAUAUAUAUAUAUAUAUAUAUAUAUUACCCUAUUAAAUAUAUAAUAAUAUAUGAUGGAUAUCUUCUCAGUCAAAGUGUUUGUUAUGCUUUUGCACGUAAUUUGAAAUAUAUAAAUAACAGCUGUAAUUAUUAAACAUUUUAAAAGUCGCAAAAGUGUUCAAAAAAAAAAGGUUAAAAAGCAUACAAGUUGCCUUUUCUAAAUGAAUGGAGGUAUGCUGUAAGAGAGGACAAACAAAAUUUUAAUCUACGAAAAAAAUCUUGCUGUUUUAUGUUUUAUGAAAACAAAAUUGUUUUAAGAAACCAAAACGAGAAGACUCUCGAGAGAGAAACUUCUAUAUGCGCCUAAGCUCGGCUUAAGUCUUGAUUAUAAAUACAGUCCAAAAGCGGAAUCAUUAGAUUCACUGAUUUCAAGUUUCAUUCGUGUUUGAUACACGAGAAUCGCGUCCAAGCGGCAAAUUGGACGAUGUUGAAUAAAACCGCCGAUUCUAUGUGCUUUACUUAUAUAAUGUGUAAAGAUCACGUUGAUCUUUAUUGAGGAAAAAGCAGACCCGUUUUCCAACUUGUCUCGCGUUUCAAGUAUCCAAUCAGUCGGCUGUCUGAUAUAAGUUUUAUGAUUUAAAAAUCACUCGUUAGAUGUAUACGAAUGCAUCUAGCUAGACUCUAGGCCACAGCAAAAGCCGAAAGAUAGUAGCAUUAGACCUCAAACUGGAUCCAAAAUAUGUUAAGACACGCGCGUUUUUAUACAUACAUAGCCGGUAAUCAUAAUCAUGUAGCACGUUCAGUAUACAUUUCGACGAGAACAUUGAUAUCUUUAAAUAAAGAGUUUGUGCCUCGUUAUCGAAUGAAAAGGGAAGCUUAUGAGCGUCUUUGAUUGUAAGCGAUAUUGAAGGUGUAGUCCGAGAAUUUUAAGUUCUCAUUAAAUGUAAAAUGGGAAAAAUUACUAUUGAUAAUAUAGUAUAAUUGCGAAACUAUAGAAUAUAUAUACAUAUAUAUAUAUAUAUAUAUAUAUAUAUAUAUAUAUAUAUAUAUAUAUAAGAAUGUGUGCGAGAGAUCGAUAAAAGUGACGUUUGACCAAUUCACAGCUUGCCUUCUUCGACGUAUUCGCCGGAAAUAGGAGGAAUACGUCGUACGAGCAGUAUACUACCUAUAGCAAAUAUCUAGAUAAUUAGUGCAAAUGAGAGAUAGGCGUUUAAGAGAAUUUAUUAUUUCAUAUUUCGUAAUUGUUUAAGGCGAGAAGAAGAAUAAAAUAGGCGGUGUCUCCGAAGAAAGGUGUGCUGAUUUUGUUGCCAAAGCGAGAAUUUUGUCGGAGACACAAUUGACAAUUAAAUUUUAGAGAAUUACAUAGGCGUAUAUAUUAAUAGAAUAAUUGUUAAAUAAAAAAAUUUUAUCUUUUCACAUUUUAUUUUAGAAAGUUAUUAAAUGUAACAAAAAGCUCCUCAAUUAUCGAGCUAUUAUAACAUUUCUAUUUCUUUGUUACUGAUAUGUUAUAUAUUUUAUUUCUUUAUAAUUUUCAAUUAGCAUUUGUAAGAUAAAUUUUCAAAAAAAAUAUUAAAGAUUACGAAUCUCUCUUUUC